UCUCAAACAGGAGUCGCAUCCGUCCACAAACAGGAAUUUCUUCACCGAUUCAUUCCGUCCAUCGAAUACACACUCUCUGCAAGAUGACAGCAAAGCUAGGAGUCAAUGAGCACCAUCAGGCUCAAGUCAUCAACUAUAUGAGAUUUGCCCGUUACCAACGAGGUCAAAGGUUGAGAGCUGUUGACAUGUGUUUUGAAGAUUUAAAGAGCAGCAGACUCGAUGAGACAACAUACACCAUAGAUGAAGUUACAGAUAUGUUAGAUGGACUACUGUCUGUGGUAAGAGGAGAAGUAGAUGAUGAACUCAUCAAUACCUCACACACAAAUAUCCUGCUGUGUCGACAGAUGUUCAUGCAGGCAGAAAAAUGGCAUCUCAAGCUUGGGGCUGAUAUCUCUGAGCUGGAAAAUCGAGAUCUAUUAGAACAAAUAGCAGACUUUGAAGAAAAAGAAUUUGCUGGUACAAAAAUGGAUUCUGAUUUACAAGGAGUACUUAAAAAUGUGAAACUUACACCAAUAAAUCAGAAAGGAGGCACAGAACUACUACACAGGAAAAUUGAAGAAUUAGACAGAGAAAUGAAGAAAUUAAUGGCAGAAAACAAAAAAGCAAAGGAAAAACUUCUCAAAAUGGGUGGCACGUCCGCUUUAGCUGGAUUAACUUCAGUGAGUGAAGAUGACAGUCGCUCAGGAAUGCAUGAUUUGGAGGUGGAAACCAUGAGGAAACAGUUACAAGGCAUGUCAGCUGAGUUAGCCGAGACAAAGAAGAGUGGUGCUGCAUCUUUAGGCAACAUGGAAUCCGAUCUCACAACCACAAAACACGAGCUUCUUAGGAUUCAUGAAAUGCUAGAAAUGGCAGAAAAAGAACUUGAAAAGAAAGUGCAUCAAACAACACCAUUUAAAAAUCUUAAACAAAUGCUGACAAAGAAAAAUGAUCAGAUUAAAGAUCUAAGGCGGCGAUUAUCAAAAUACGAAUCUCUGGACGACUGAUUCUGCGACACCUUUCCAGACAGCAAGCUAUACACAUGCCACUCCUGAUCUGCGACUAGAUUGAACCUGAGACUCAGAAACUGUUCAUCUGAUGUUAAUGAACCUGUGUAUGAUUAUCUGAGAGUGUGCCUCUAGAAUAAAAUUCUUUUAUUGUGCAUUCUUGACAAGAGACAUUCUUUUUGUAGAGUUCAUAUCAUACAAGAAGGUUGCUUUACAUAAAACAUCUCGCUCAUGAUUACCUGUUCUUCUAGCUGUGUCUAUGCUUAAUUGUUUUUAAUUAAAACAAUUUAGAUAUUAAAAAAUUCCUAGGUGAGUCUUUCAGAUUUUUCCUGUGAAUUUUCUGCAAGUUUAUACAUGUAUUUAGGAAUACAGAUAUAUUAGUGAUAUCAUACAUUUACCUAACAUAUUGAAAGGUAUGGCAUUUAACUUAUUCUGCUGGUAUAUUUCUCUUCUAUUGCCUAAGAAAUAGAGCACUUCAGUUAACAUAUGAUAAAAAUUGUAUUAUAUAGAACUUAUAAAAUAUGCCUGCUACUAUUAUUUUCAAAGACAUAGAUAAACACUGGGCAGCCAACAGACCCUUGAAGGAAUGUUAUUGCUCCCUGAAAGAGAUUUGACUCUUGGGUUCAAAGGGACAGUCAAUCUGACUAUGUUUUGACCCUUCUGAUUUCUGAGAAAUGCUGAUUUGACUUCUGAAAUUGUUAACAAGUAAAGGUCCGCAGCAAGCGCUGGCAGUAUACAAAUUUAUUGUGUGGUGUUAAGACAGAGUUGCAUUGACAAUGCUACUGUCACAUGUAGUUAUGUUUAAAAUGCAUUGGGAUAUUUACCAAAACAUAUUAUUUGCAAAUUAAGUCUACAUGCAAAUGUGAAACUUUCCACCUUUGCAAUUAGAUACAGUUGUAGCAUAAUUCCGAUACACUGUACAUGUAAUGACAUUUGUAUUGAUAUUUGUUGAAAUGUGUUCUGUGACGAUAGAGACUAAAAGCUCUGUCUGUUAUUGUGUCUGCCUUUCAGAUUUUACGUACGUGUUGGUGAUCGUGUGACAGAGGUGACAGUAGAGAGAGUGAAUUAUGACAACAGUUUACUAUAAUUGAGAUUUCUGUAAUGAAAGAGUAACAAAGCAACCCAUUCCCUUUAAGAUUUUAACAUAAUUGUGAUCUUGGACCAGAAGACGAAUAUUGUAUUUCAGUUUAAUUUAUUUACUGUUUACAAAUUUCAUGCAUGUUAUUUUGGUUUACAAGUCAAUGUUGUUUCAAUUCUAAAGGAGGAAUUUUAUAUACAUGUAGUAUUAGUUUAAUAUUAGAAAUUCAUUGUUGAACUAGUGAACAAAUUAAACUGUGUAUACAGGACAUAUUUUUCCAGCAUCAUAAAACUCGUUUUUAAUGCUGUUAAUUUGAUCCAAUUUAGAAUAUACUGAUGUAUUUUUAGAAAUUCUGUUAUUGACUUUUUAAAAUUGGUUGUGAAGUUCUUAAAAUUAACUACAUGUAUAUGGUUUCUGAAUAUGAUUUUGAUGUAAAAUGCAUAUAUUUUUAAAAAUUAGAAUGGGUUGUCUUCACAGAAUGAUCAACUAUAAUAGCACUAAAUAUACCUCAUAACUUAGAUAAGUGUUCAGUGAUGGGCGUGACCGUCAAUUUGUGAAUAUCUUAUUUGCAUAUUCAAGAGAUUUUCAAAAUCUUGAAUGUUAAGUUAUAAUCAUUUUAGCCAUUGUAAACAGGGUAGAUAGGGUUAAAGAAAAAUAGGUGAUUAACAGAUGUGAAUAUUUCAUCAUAAUUGUAUUCUUUUAAUGAUAUUUGGUAGGUGUUAUUGUAAUGAUUAAUCAAGGAAAGCUUGUUUUCUAAAAUGAACAAGAGUAUGGAAUGGUAAGACAUGUAUAUGUAGCUAAUAUUUCUAAGAAUGAACAAGUACAUGGAAUGGAUCUAACAUCGUAUAAAUAGAAGGGGUGGGGCCCCGGGGGCAAUAUAGGUAAAUCCUUUAAAUCCUUACUUGUCCUGAAUGGAUUUUGAUGAAAUUUGGUCUGGAGCAUUAUUGGGGAAAAGAGAACUGACAUUGUAUAAACAGAGGGUAUGGCGCCCUUGGGGCCGGAGAGGUGGGUCCCAAUAGGGGAAAUUUAGAUAAAUCCUUUAAAUCCUUACUUGUCCUCAACUCCAUAAUGGCUUUUAAUGAAAUUUGGUCUGGAGCAUUAUUAGGAAAAGCAGAUCUUACGUAUACAUGUAAACGAAAGGUGUGGUUACCCUCAGACCGGAGGUGCGGGGCCCAAAAAGGGAAAAUACAGGCGCUCUGGGCCUCUUGUCUUUAGGCCUAGUAAUGUCAAUGUAUAAUGUGAUUAUCAUAUUCACCAUAUCAGUUCAAAAUAUGUUCUGUCUGGAGGUAAAAAUGUUUUUACAUUUAAAACAUGUUAUUUUUAGAAAACGAAUCAUUAUUGUCAACUUUGUUUCCCUGCCUUUUGUAUCAACGUUAUUCAUUUGCUAUGUUUUCAUUAAACCUGCUGCUGUAGUUAUGUGUAAAGAAUCUUGCGAAUAUGUCAAAACAGUCUUUUUAACUAACUUGACAAUUCUAGGAUUGAAACUAUUACAAUUAUUACAUAAACUCCAAAAAUGAUUGUUAUCUAUCAUAUUCUGCAUAUUGGUUGUGUUGAAUUAAAGUGAUACCCUUAAUACUCCAGGAGCUAUGUUCACUUUCGUCCUCUGCACCCCUGGAAUAUGUCAUGGCAAAAUUGAAGCCACAUAGCAAGUGUAAUGAUUGGUUGUCAAGAAAGAAACCCGACCAGUUGCUAAGACAAUGCAUUUCUUUUGAAGAUUACAAAGGGGCAACAACCAAUUUCAAAGCUAACCAAUUUAUGAUAAUGCAACAAGUGUGGUCUGUUUGAUGUACAUCAAAGGAUCAAACUAUUCUUUUUGUUUUAUUCCACAAGAUGGCAGUGACUGAAUCUUUUACACAUUCAGCAAAAUUUAGAUUAUUUUCAUUAUAAUAAAUCCUCUCAAUUCUUUAAAAUCAGCAAAGUACAUUAAGGAAAAUUUUUCAACAACUUUUCAUCUUUCAAUGUCAUGAUGAAUUGGUUAUAUCAGUCAGAUCACUGUUAGUUACAGUGAAGAGUCAAUGUUGUACUGGGAUGUUAAAUGGGUAACUGUUUGAGCGACUGACUGUGAUUUCCAUACACUAGGCAAUUUUACAAUUUGUGAAUCAAUAAACUGCAAUAUAUUGAAUUCAUAUUUGCUUCUUUAUAAACCUAUUUAUAUUAUUUGAUAUCAAAUAGUCAUAUGUUUAAUGUCAAAUUAUUAAAUGUGUAAUGUCAAAUUA